GCUCUCUCAGCCCCGCCGUAUAUAUAUCGAAGUGGUUGGCCGCUGCUAUCUCCGACCAUCCACUAGACGAACCCCUCUACCUCAAAAGCCACUACACGCAACAUGGCACCGAAGAACAAGGGAAAGAAGGGCAAGAAGGACGACGAUGAGUUCUGGGAGAAGGCCGGCACUUCUGUUGCUGGAAACAACGCAGAUAGCCUGGCAGAUGCUGGUGCUGGAGAUGAUGACUUCAAGCCGAAGGGCAAGUCCGCCAUUUCGGCUUUCGCGGCUCUCGGUCUGGAGGACCCGCCUGCAGAGGAAGAGGACGAGGACUUCGGUGGUCUCAUGUCUGUAAUCAAAUCCACCAGCCAAAAGGGCAAGAAGGACAAGAAGAAGGACAAGAAGAAGGGCGGUGCGGACGUUUCGUUCGCGGAUGGAGCAGGUCCAGGGGAGGGUUCCGACGGCGAGGACGCCGCGGCGAAGGGUGACAUCAGCGCACCAAAGAAGGCGGUGCAGAUGACCGCGGAGGAGCUCGCAGACGAGGAAUGGGGGCCCGUGAAGGAGAAGGGCAAAAAGGCGAAGAAGGGCAAGAAGAAGGGCAAGACUCAGGACGACGAUGAGGAGGAGGAAGAAAAGGCAGAUGCACCGCCCGCUCGCGCAGAGGCAACACAGUCACCGGCACCUGAGAGCAAGGCGGACGAGGGUGAGGAUGGCGGUGAGGAUGGCGGGCCAAAGGUCCUGUCGAAGAAGGAGAAGGAGAAACUGAAGAAGGAGCGGGAAAAGGCCAAGAAGAAAGCUCAGGCCGCCGCGAAGAAGGCUGAGGGCGGUGAAGGGGUGGCCCCUUCAGAACCUGCGGCACCGUCUGUGCCGGCUGCUGCUGACGGCGAGGAUGAAGACGACGGUGAAGGAGGCGGGGCCGAAGGGGACUCCAAGAAGAAGAAGAAAAAGAAGAAGGCCAAGAAAGACGAGGAGCCUGCCCCCGCCGCUGCCCCCGCGGGCAAGAAGAAGGGUGGUCCUGCGGGUAUCAGCGCGCUCAAGGCGAUGAUGGAGGAGAAGAAGCGAAUUGAGGAGGAGAUCCGGAAGCGGGAAGAGGAGGAGCGGAAGAGGAUCGAGGAGGAGGAGCGGAAAGCUGAGGAAGAAGAGAAGCGGCAGGCGGAGGAGAAACAGCGGAGGAAGGAGAAGGAGAAGGCGAAGCGCGAACAGCUCAAGAAGGAGGGCAAGCUGCUCACUAAGAAGCAGAAGGAAGAGCUACGGUCAGCAGAGCUUCGGAAGCAGGCGCUUCUCGCUUCCGGCGUGCAGAUCGAGGGCCUACAGCAAGGCGGUGGAGAGCCACGAGCCAAGAAGGUGGUAUACGACAACCGCAAGAAGAAGAAGGGCCCGGCGAGUGCUGCCAGUGGCAGCCACCCCGGGACGCGCGAUCCAUCGCCCGUGCGGGAGGAGAAGCGUGCGGCGCCCAAGCCGACGCCCGCCGUUGCCGCUCCCGAGCCCGAGCCUACGACUCCCGUGGAUGAUGACGACGUCAAAGACUCCUGGGACGCUAGCAGCGACGAGGAAGAGAAGAAGGAUGAAGAUGUCAAGGACUCAUGGGACGCGAGCAGUGGGGAUGAAACAGAGGAGGCCCCUAAGCCCGCCCAGAAAGCUGCCGCUGCCAAUGGCUCGGCGAAGGCGAAGCAACCGGAGGCUGCGAAAGGCGUUGCGAAGGGCGCCUCGGCCAAGGCAGACGCGUCCAAACUUGCAGCGCCUGCAGCCAAGGCGGGUGGUGCCCCCGCGAAGGCCCCUGCAAAGCCUGCGGUGGACUCGAAAGCGAAGCCCAAGCAGGAGGAGUCCUCUUCGGAAGAGGAGUCUUCUGAGGAAGAGUCGUCCGACGAGGAGACGUCUUCCGAUGAGGACUCGUCCGACGAAUCUGACGAGGAGAUGACCCAGACGCAACGUAUGGCAGCGCAGCGCAAGGCGGAGGCUGUCGCGCGUCGCCAGAAGGCACACGAAGAUGCACUUGCUGCCCGUAGCAAGGACAACCUCCGGAGUCCUAUUUGUUGUAUUCUCGGUCACGUCGAUACCGGUAAGACGAAGCUCUUGGACAAGAUUCGUCAAACGAAUGUCCAGGAAGGCGAAGCUGGAGGUAUCACGCAGCAGAUCGGUGCCACUUACUUCCCGGUGGAGGCGAUCAAGACCAAGACGGCUGUCAUGAACAAGGACGGCACCCAGGAGUACAAGAUUCCUGGCCUUCUCGUCAUCGACACACCCGGUCACGAGUCGUUCACCAACUUGCGUUCGCGUGGUAGCUCGCUCUGUAACAUCGCCAUUCUCGUCGUCGAUAUCAUGCACGGUCUUGAGCCACAAACUCUGGAGUCGCUGCGUCUACUCAGGGACAGGAAGUCGCCAUUCAUCGUUGCUCUCAACAAGAUCGACCGUAUCUACGGCUGGGAGCCCAUAGCCGACAACGACUUCCGCAGCUCUCUCGCCGCGCAGAAGCGGCCCGUCCAGCGACAGUUCGAGGACAUGACCCAGAAGAUCGUCGUUGCCUUCGCCGAGCAGGGUCUGAACGCCUGCCUCUACUACGACAACAAGAACUUCGCGCGUAAUGUCUCCAUCGUCCCGACCUCGGCGGUUACGGGAGAGGGUGUGCCCGACAUGAUCAUGCUCCUCGUCAACCUUACCCAGCAGCGCAUGAGCGAUCGGUUGAUGUACCUCUCUGAGCUCGAGUGUACGGUGCUUGAGGUCAAGGUUAUUGAAGGUCUUGGUACGACAAUCGACGUGGUCCUGUCGAAUGGUAUCCUCCACGAAGGUGACAAGAUCGUGGUCUGCGGUCUCAACGGACCUAUCGUGACCCAGAUCCGUGCGCUGCUUACGCCUCAGCCACUCCGCGAACUUCGUAUCAAGUCGCAAUACGUCCACCACAAGGAGGUCAAGGCGGCCCUCGGUGUGAAGAUCGUCGCGCCCGACCUCGAGAAGGCUAUCGCCGGUUCCAGGCUGCUCGUGUGCGGACCCGAUGAUGAUGAGGAAGACCUCAUGGACGAGGUUAUGUCCGACCUCACGACGCUGCUCAACUCCAUCGACAAGUCCGGCCGCGGUGUCUGCGUGCAGGCCAGUACGCUCGGUUCGCUCGAGGCGCUCCUGGAGUUCCUCAGGACGAGCAAGAUUCCCGUCUCCGGCAUCAACAUCGGCCCUGUCCACAAGAAGGACGUCAUGCGUUCUGCGUCCAUGUUGGAGAAGGCGAAGGAGCUGGCGUGUAUCCUUUGCUUCGACGUGCCUGUCGACAGGGACGCCGAGCGGUUAGCGGAGGAGAUGGGAAUCCGCCUCUUCAAAGCGGACAUCAUCUACCACUUGUUUGAUGCGUUCACGGCGUACAAUGCGGAGAUUAUGGAGGCCAAGCGUAAAGACGCCGCGCCGCAAGCUGUUUGGCCGUGCCGUCUGAAGACCAUCGCGGCCUUCUGUAAACGUGACCCCAUCAUUCUGGGUGUGGAUAUCCUCGAUGGCACUCUGCGCGUUGGUACCCCGAUUUGUGUUGUCAAGGUUGACCCGGAGACGCAGAAGAAAGAAAUCAUCGACCUCGGCAGAAUCACGUCACUGGAGAUCAACCACAAAGCCUUCGACAUCGUCAAGAAGUCGCAAGCCGGUGGCGGUGUUGCCGUCAAGAUUGAGCAUGCAGUAUACCAGUCCUCAAAGAUGUUCGGCCGUCACUUCGACGAGAAGGACGAGCUCUAUUCGCACAUCACGCGUGCGAGCAUCGACGUACUCAAGUCGUCAUUCAAGACCGACGUCUCGAACGAGGAGUGGCUGCUCAUCAAGGCACUGAAGCCCCGACUGAAUAUCCAAUGAGCGAGUUCUGGGCAUGCGUUUGGUUGAUUUUGUAUCGAGAUACUGUAUCGAUGGCAGUCUGGCAGGCGCUUGGGGAUGUGGGAAGGCGUUACAUAAACACGCUGUAUUUAUACGUCUCGAUCGCGCAUUUGUAUUUUCUUGCCUCGCC